GUAAGGGACGCUUUGGAGGAGAAAGGCAAGGCGGACUGCGAGCUAAACACAAUGGCGACGACGGCGACAGCGGCAGGCGGGACGGGCUCAGGCGGAUCAGCCUCGGGGCCUGCUGGUGGUGGAAGCUCAGUAGCACGAAAGAAAGACGGCGGCCCUUCUACGAAAUUUUGGGAAAGUUCAGAAACUAUUUCUCAGCUGGAGACAGUGCGACUCUGGAUCGGAAAGCACUACAAGAAGUAUGUCCAAAAUGACUCCCCAUCUAGCAAAUCCCUGGCUGGCCUGGUUGUCCAGCUGCUUCAGUUUCAAGAGGAUGCAUUUGGACGCAGGGUCAACAAUCCUCCACUUACCAAGCUACCUGCCAAGUGUUUUCUUGAUUUCAAGGCUGGAGGUACUCUCUGUCACAUCUUGGGAUCAGUUUACAAGUACAAAAGUGAACAGGGCUGGAGGAGAUUCGACCUGCAGAAUCCGUCACGGAUGGACCGAAAUGUGGAAAUGUUCUUAAAUGUUGAAAAACACCUUGUCCAGAAUAACUGCCUGGCUCGGCCCCUCGUCUACCUGUCGCCAGAUAUUGAGCAAAAACAAGCCGGCAAGCUGAAAGAGAUCAUUAAAAGGCACCAGGGUUCAGUCACUGAGGACAAGUCAAAAGCAACUCAUCACAUUUACCCUUCUCUCACACAGCAGGAUGAAGAGGAGUGGCUGCGUCCUGUCAUGAGGAAGGACAAGCAGGUUCUCGUUCAUUGGGGUUUCUACCCAGACAGCUACGACACCUGGGUAUCAGCCGGUGAGGUGGAUGGAGAUGUGGAAGAUCCUCCCAGCAAUGAAAAACCAUGGAAGGUUCAUGCUAAGUGGGUUUUAGAUACAGAUGCCUUCAAUGAGUGGAUGAAUGAGGAGGACUAUGAGGUGGACGAGAACAAAAAGCCGGUCAGCUUCCGACAGAGGAUCUUCCCCAAAGAGGAAGAGUCUUCCCGUACACCUGAUCGAAAGGAGCGCAAGGCAAACUCUGCUGGCAAGAAGAGGAGACGCUCACCGUCGCCGCCCAGCACUCCAGCCGAGUCCCGUAAAAAAGGAGGAAAGAAGGGGAACCCAGGGCCUCAUUGGAAGCGAAGGGGACACAAAGGAGAGGAAGAGGACACAGAGGAGGACAUGACUAAAGACCUGGAUGACUCCUCUGCCGGUGCCAGCAUGGAGGAUGGCUGUGUGUCCAAGAAUGCUAAUUCAAAAAAAGACAGUGAAAAUACUCCAGUCAAGGGAGGGAAUAUGGCAGAUUUGGAUGACAUGGAAGAUGAUUCUGUGCUCUCCGGAGGAAAGGACGAUGAUGAGCAAGGCAAGGGAGAAGUCAAUCGGAUGGAUGCUGGCGAGGACAAUGUAACUGAACAGACGCAUCACAUCAUCAUUCCCAGCUACUCUGCCUGGUUCGACUACAACAGCAUCCACGAAAUCGAACGAAGAGCCCUUCCAGAGUUCUUUAAUGGAAAGAAUAAGUCCAAAACUCCAGAAAUAUACCUGGCCUAUCGUAACUUCAUGAUUGACACGUAUCGGCUGAACCCUCAAGAAUACCUGACCUCCACCUCCUGUCGCAGAAACCUGACUGGCGAUGUCUGUGCCAUCAUGAGAGUUCAUGCCUUCCUGGAGCAGUGGGGUUUAGUAAAUUACCAGGUGGAUGCUGAAAGUCGCCCCCUGCCCAUGGGGCCCCCUCCUACACCUCAUUUCACCGUGCUGGCUGACACACCCUCUGGACUCAUGCCCCUCAACCACCGACCACCACCUAUUCCUCCUCCACAGCCAAUGCCUAACUUUGCAGAUAAGGCCAAAGACAAACCAAUUGACCUGCAGAACUUUGGCCUCCGGCCCGACCUCUACAAGAAAAACGCCAAGCAGGGAAAAGGUGCCACUACCACCAGAGAAUGGACUGAGCAAGAGACUCUACUGCUGCUUGAGGCCCUGGAGAUGUACAAAGACGACUGGAACAAAGUUUCAGAACAUGUUGGUUCACGCACCCAAGAUGAAUGUAUCCUGCACUUCCUGCGGCUGCCCAUAGAAGAUCCAUAUCUCGAGAGCACAGAAACGUCCCUGGGUCCUUUGGCCUACCAGCCUAUUCCCUUCAGCCAGUCUGGAAACCCUGUGAUGAGCACAGUAGCCUUCCUGGCUUCUGUUGUGGAUCCCAGGGUGGCAUCUGCUGCAGCCAAAGCAGCUCUAGAAGAGUUCUCUCGUGUGCGUGAGGAAGUUCCAGCGGAGUUGGUUGAAGCUCAUGUCAAAAAGGUGCAGGAGGCAGCAAGGAACACAGGCAAAGUAGAUCCUACCUUCGGCUUGGAGAGCAGCGGGAUUGCCGGAACAGCCCCUGAGGAGCCAGAAAAAACAGAAACCCCAGAACCAGAAAAGAUGGAAACAGAUUCAGACUCCCAGCAGGCUGACAAGGCUGAGCUGAAAGAUGAGGCAGAAAAGCCCAGUGAGUCUGCAGAGAAAAGCGACAAGGCGGAGACCACAGAAAAGGUGAAAAAGGAGGGAACAGAGGCCUCAGAGCAUGAGCAAGAGAAAGACGAGGAAGGGGAGGCCAAGACAGCUUCAGCAGAUAAAGAUAAGGAUGAAGGUAUGGACACCUCACCUUCAGAGCAGGAGAAAGAUAAGGAGGAAAAGGCAGCCAGCGAGGAGGGAGACGAAAAGCAGAAGAAGCUGGAACACGACAUUGGGGAGGGUAACAUCGCCACAGCAGCCGCUGCUGCUCUGGCUUCUGCUGCCACCAAGGCCAAGCACUUGGCAGCGGUUGAGGAAAGGAAAAUUAAAUCUCUGGUUGCCCUGUUGGUGGAAACUCAGAUGAAGAAGUUGGAGAUCAAGCUGAGGCACUUUGAAGAGCUUGAGACCAUCAUGGACCGAGAGAAAGAAGCUCUGGAACUUCAGAGGCAGCAGCUCCUCACCGAGCGACAGGCCUUCCACAUGGAGCAGCUGAAAUAUGCCGAGAUGAAGGCAAGACAGCAGAUGGAGCAGCAAGCUGCUGCUGCUGCAGCCGCUCAGGCACAAGGACAGGGCUCUGGAUCAGGACCCCAUCCUGCUGCCGGGCCCCACCCUGGUCCCCCUCCUCACAGCAUGCACCAUGGCGGGCCCCCACCCCACCACGUAGGGCCUCCUACCCCCCACCAUGGAGGACCCCAGCAACCCCAUGGAGGACCUCCCCCCCACCAUGGAGGACCAUCGCCGGGAGCUGCAAUGCAUCCAGGAUUUCCCCCAAUGGGCCAUCAUCCCAUGGCCCCCCACCACCCAGGACAGACAGGACAAAUGGAACCGGGCCAGCCGAUGCCGGCACGUAUGCUGUCCGGUCCGCCCUCUGCCGGCCCACCUGCAGGCGGCAUGCCACCCAUGAUGCCCCCACGCCACCCCGGAGCCCCCAAUGGCAUGUAUCCUGGCCCGCCACCUGCACAGCCUGAGGCCAUGCCUGUGGCUCCUGUUGCUCCUCCCGCGCCUCCAACUGGACGAGUGUCUGAAAACUAAGA